GUCAGCUGCAAUGCCAGCAGAGGCUGGCUCCUUGGACAGGGCAGUCAUUCUUUCCUUAGAGCUGCUGCCUGUGUGGGAGAUGGGAAGACCGUGACUGGUGUGGUGGGUGGACCUUGGGGCGGAGGAGGAAGACGUGGAGCACACACUGGGACAUUCAUAAAUAGUCACCCAUGGAUGAUGCCUCCAGGACAGAGCUCAUCCAAGGGGUGGAUGCUGCUGGCUCCACCACUUCCAGGGUGGCCAUGUGCGUAGGGACAUGCAGCCGGAUCGUGGGUCCCUGCCUGCUGGUGCUGGGCACGCUCUCCAUGGCAGCCAACACGCUCCUGCUCUUCCCUGGAGGGGCAUCGAAGUACCUGGUGGAGGGGCACAUCAGCAAACAUGCCAAGGCCAUGCCGGGUGUCUGGGGAGGCGGCAUCACCGUGCUGCUGGCAGCGACCCACAUCACGGCGGUUGGGUGGCGAUGUGCCGGCUGCUCCGACUGUGGCACCCGUCGCAAUGCUUUCAUCUCCGCUGUGCUCUCCAAGCUGGCGCUGAUGGGCGCUGCUGCCUGCUUCAUCUUCUCUGGGGUGGGUUUGACCAAUGGACCCCUCUGCUUCUACAACACCUCCGAGCAUGGCCACAGGCAUGGCACCGUCUGGGGUUACCCCUUCCUGGACACUGGCGUCCAGGAGCCGGAUGCCAGGACAGAGAACUACCUAUAUGAUCGUCGCACCUGGAGCACCUGCCUGGAGCCAGAGGGCAUCGUGGCCUGGAACGUUGUCUUCUUCUCCCUCCUGCUGCUCAUCAGUGCUGCUGAGAUGGUACUGGCAUCCUUCCAGAUCCUCAAUGGCUGCCUUGGCUGCCUCUGUGGCUUUUGUGAUGGGAAGAAGAGUCCCCCAUGAGGAACAGACACCCCAGUCUGCAUGAGGUUGGCAUGCAAAGGGCUGCCCCUGUGCAGAGCCCUCUGCCUGCACGAUACCCCUUCCUCCUCCCUGGGGGUGCCGAUGGGGCUGGCAGUCAUGUGGGGGUGUAAACCAGCCCAGUGAGCGAUGGAGGUGAGGACCUGGCCCCUGGCAUCCUGGCAGGAGCCCAAUGGCUUCCCCAGCCGCUCGUCAUCAGCCUCCACUCACCUCAGUGCAAAAUGGGACACGGUGGUGUUUGCAGUGGUAAGAGCUGGAGCAUUAACUCAUUUUCAUUGAUCAGUCUGUAUUCAGGUGAAGGAGACACAAAUAGCUGAGCCAGGCUCCGGCUGGGGCUGGGGAACUUGGAUGGAGUUGUGCUGUGGGAGACAGUGGGGAAUUGAGGUGUAGCCCAAAGUUCACCCAAUCACACACACACACACACGUGCAUGCAGCAAAUGAAAGGAGCAGCUUUUUAUCUCCCUGGCUCAGGACCCAUCACUGCACCUCCCAGGGGUGUCACCAGCUUCAGCAUCCCCCUCCAUUCGCCCUUGUCCCCUAAACCUUCACAGGGACACAGACCUGAGCCUGCCUGUGCUGGGAGGACCUUUGCCCCAAAACUGAUGAGGUUCAGAAGAAAGUAGCAAUGAUCAAUCUAGCUUAGAAAAGCCAAGCAGUGAGCCAGGUGAAACAGUAAAUGGGGGAUUGUUGUGGCUUAUCAGAAGGUAAAAGGCAGAGAACUUGUUGGUGGAGAUAAGGACAGUUUAAUAACUGAAAUAAAAUGAUAAUAAUGCCAAUUAAUAACUAAUUGUAGUGAAAAGGAAAAUAUCAAAGAGAAAGAAAUAAAACCCAAGAAAGACAAGGAAUGCAAAUGGAAACAGUUGCUCACCACCAGCCUUAUGGAAUGGGAUAUCCCUUGGGACAGUUAUGGUCAGGUGUCCUGCCUGUGUCCC